AUGGUGGAUGACGGUGGUGGUCGACAUGCUGAUGGUGCUCUGCGGAGGGACGGUCGGCACCCUCCUGGGCCGCCUGUACUACAAUUCUGGCGGCAAGAGCAAGUGGGUGGCCAGCUCAUGCAGUCGGGCGGCUCACCGCUUCUGCCCAUCCCGCUACUCCUGACUCCCCCGCCCCCGGCGGAGCAGCGCCAGCCGGCGGCGUCCAAGGUGGCGACCGUCUACGUGGGCAUCGGGGUGCUGCUCGGUUUCGACAGCCUGAUGUACGCGUACGCGCUGCUGUACCUGCCGGUGUCCACCUUCUCGCUCGUGGCCGCCACGCAGCUGGCCUUCAACGCCAUCACGUCGCGCCUCAUCAACGCGCAGCGCUUCACGGCGCUCAUCGCCAACUCCGUCGUCGUGCUCACCUUCGCCGCCGCGCUGCUCGGCAUCGGCUCCUCCUCCGACGAGACCUCCAGCGACGUGCCGCGCGGCAAGUACGCGCUCGGGUUCGUGCUCACGCUGGCCGCGUCCGCUUCCUUCGCCGUCAUCCUGUCGCUCUUCGAGGUGGCGUUCGAGAAGGUGAUCAGGGCGCGGACGAUGCGGUGGGUGCUCAAGGUGCAGAUGUUCACCAACCUCGUGGCGACGGCGGUCGGGGUGGUGGGCCUGUUCGCGUCCGGGGAGUGGUGGACACUCCCGGGGGAGAUGGUGGCGUUCAAGAACGGGAGGGCGAGGUACGUCCUGACGCUGGUGGGCACGGCGGUGUGCUGGCAGGCGACGGCUGUGGGCACGGUGCGCCUGAUAGCGAGGAUGAUGGGCAUCAAGGCCGUGGCGAUGCUCAUGGCCAUUUGGGGCUUCCUCUCGUACGUGUACCAGCACUACCUCGACGGUCGGCGUGCCGCCUCUGGGAAGGGGACCGAGUGCUGCGUCGUCUGUGCCGCACGGACGGCAGGCGACACGACUUAG